CACUUUGAGCCCUAUAGUUUGCUUCGUCGCCGUUGCGCGUUUGCUCCGUUCAGGGAAGAGGUUCAGCCGCACUGUGGAAAGCUGUGCCCUUUGAUCUGUGUGCAACCAGCCCUUGAUCUUGAUCUACUAAGCAAGCACGCUCUCUGUUCUGAAGUACUAGAGGAGGACGAGGCCGCAUACACGACAU